AUGGGAAAACAAAAUCGAACAGGGCUAAGUGAAUUCAUCCUCAUGGGAAUCACAGACCGUCCUGAGAUGCAGGCUCCAUUAUUUGCACUCUUCCUCAUCAUCUAUGUGAUCUCAGUGGUGGGCAACUUGGGCAUGGUCAUCCUCACCAAGGUGGACUCCAGGCUACAAACUCCCAUGUACUUCUUUCUCAAACACCUGGCUUUCACUGAUCUUGGUUAUUCAACAACAGUGGGACCCAAAAUGUUUGUAAGUUUUGUUGUGGAUCAAAAUAUAAUCUCCUAUUAUUUUUGUGCUACCCAGGGAGCUUUCUACAUUAUGUUCAUUAAUAAUGAACUUUUUAUUCUGUCAGCAAUGGCCUAUGACCGCUAUUUGGCCAUCUGUAACCCUCUGCUCUACAAAGUCAUCAUGUCACAAAGGGUGUGUAGGGUGCUGGUGACAAUUCCCUAUCUAUAUAGCAUAUUUGUGUCUCUUCUAGUCACUGUAAAGAUUUUUAAUUUAUCCUUCUGUGGCUACAAUGUCAUCAAACAUUUCUACUGUGACAGUCUCCCUUUGAUAUCUUUGCUCUGUUCAAAUACACAUGAAGUUGAACUGAUUAUCCUGAUUUUUGCAGGUGUUGAUACAAUUCUCUCCCUUCCAAUAAUUCUUGUGUCUUACCUGCUCAUCCUUGCAGCCAUUCCCAGGAUGAACUCUGCUGAAGGUAGGCACAAGGCUUUUUCUACCUGUGGGUCCCACCUGACCGUGGUCACAGUGUUCUUUGGGACUUUAAUAUUUAUGUAUGUGCAACCGGAGUCCAGCCAUUCCUCUGACACUGAUAAAGUGGCUUCCAUAUUCUACACCCUCAUUAUCCCCAUGUUAAAUCCCUUGAUCUAUAGCUUGAGGAACAAAGAUGUAAAAUAUGCACUACAAAGGAUGUGGAAGAAGCUAUGCUAUAUCUUUUCUUUAAACCCCUGUCAAUGUGAUUCUUAUAAAUUAGGUUAA